GCUUGACGGCCGCCCGGGGCCUAGCGAGCCAUUCGGAGGCGCUGCUCGAGUAGUCGCCGCCGCCGCCGCCAUGGAGAUGCCGCUGCCGCCGCCGCCCGAAGGUGAGUGUGUGUGUCCCCCCCUUGGGGGGGUUGGGGGGGUCACGUGAGGGGGAGGGGUGGGGGGGUCUCCCUCUCAGGCACUCUGCGUAUGCUCAGAGGUCCGGUUGGGGCAGGAGCACGAGGAGCCCCCCCCAUUUCCCGACCCCCCCCUCGCCUCUUCCUGUGAGAGACCCCCAGGGGGGAAAUAAAGGGGGGUCCCCUCCUUUAGCCACGCCCCCUACUCAGAGUAGACCCCCCCAAAAUAACUGAACCCCCGAGGACAAACCCCCCCUUGCAUGUCAAUAGGUCUACUCUGAGUAGGGGAGACUGAUCGUGGUUGGGACCCGCAGGAACAGAGAGGGGUGGAAAGAAAUAACGAAAUUAUAAAAUCCGUUAAAUUAAAUGUUCUGGUUUUUUUCCCCAAAAAUUUUUUUGUUGGUUUUCACAAUAUUAUUAACAAACAUAACAAACAUAAAUCAUCGCCUUAUUGAAAAUUACACUUAUUAACUUUGUUAAGUGUCUUCCUCGCUUCCCCUUGGUUGAAUUUCAUUGCCUGUCCUUUGAACGGUUUUCCAAAUCCCAAUUUUUAUGAAAUUUAACUUAAACAUUAACAUCCUUAAAUCUUCACCUUAUAGAAUUAAACAUAUUAAUUCAUCGCUCAACAUAAACAAAAUCCUAAGCCUAUUAAGUAUCUGCAAGCUGUUUCCGGUUAUUUUAACUUAACGAAUUUAACUAAAUAGUCAUUAAAUUUAUUCCAUUCUUCCUGAUAUUCCUCCUCCUCCUGGUCGUGGACUCUUCCGGUUAGGUCGGCUAGCUCCGAAAAAUCCAUCAUCUUCAUCUGCCAUUAAAUGUUCUGAGUGCUGUAGAUGGAACUGAGAGGGAGGGACGAAAUAAUAAAAAUAGAAGAAGUUAAGGGGAUGAGAUCGAAUGCCUGCUCCGAGUAGGAGGCUGACCGGGGGGGGGAGGAAAAACGAAUUGAAUUAAAUAUUAAAUCAAAUUAAUAAAAUGAGACAAUACAGUAAAAAGAAAAAGAAAAGGAUCGAAAUCUUGCGCUUGGAUGGGUGGGGGGCAAGCGGAAGUAGCCUUUGGCAGGGGCCUACAGGUGCAUUGGAGUCACACCAAGGGAGGGGUUCUGGGAUUGAGAAUCAAAGGGCAGCCCCAUAUCUACCUACCUAUUUGUUGAUAGCCCCUAUCUAUCUAUCUGUCUGUCUGUCUGUCUUUCUAUCUAUUGAUCGCCCCAUAUCUGUCUGUCUGUCUAUCUAUCUAUCGAUAGCCACAUAUCUAUCUAUCUAUCUAUCUAUCUAUCUAUCUCAUCUAUCUCAUCUAUCUCUCUAUCAUCUAUUUAUCUAUCUAUCUAUUGAUAGCCCUAUAUCUCUAUCUAUCUAUCUAUCUAUAUCUCUCUAUCUAUCUAUCUAUUGAUAGCCCCAUAUCUAUCUAUCUACAGUGGUACCUUGGUUUACGAACUUACUCAGUUCUGGAAUUCCAUUCUUAAACCAAAACCGUUCUUCCACCAAGGUGUGUUUUCCCAUAGCAGCGGAGGACUCAAUUUACACUCAGCAGGAAGCAGAACAUGUUCUGCUUCCAAGGCAAAGCUCACAAACCAAAACUCCUGCUUCCGGGUUUGCAGUGUUCUUAAUCCAAGUUGUUCAUAAACUAAGCUGUUCUGAAACCAAGGCGCCACUGUAGGUAGAUAUGGGGCUAUGAGUAACGCUUUGGAAGGUGUUACCGUGUGGCUCCUGAGGAUUUUGUGCUAGUUUGCUCCCUGUGACCCAGCAAAGAGCUGAAAGUCAGGACCUUUUCUUUGACACAAGCCUUGACUGGUCCUCCAAUUUCCUUCCCACCCCCUGCCAACCCCAGACCAGGAGCUCCGCAAUGUCAUCGACAAGCUGGCUCAGUUUGUGGCGCGGAACGGCCCCGAGUUCGAGAAGAUGACCAUGGAGAAGCAGAAGGAGAACCCCAAGUUCUCUUUCCUCUUCGGGGGCGACUUCUACGGCUACUACAAGUACAAGCUGGCCCUGGAACAGCAGCAGCGUGAGUUUGGGGGGCCAGGGUGGUGGGGGGGCCGCUAGCGGGAGACUUUUUAGUAGCCACAACCCUGUAGAACAUUUCGAUAUAUCGGUAUGGCACGUAUCAGUUUUCAAAGGGUGCCAGGCACUCGCCCUGGCAUCUGGCACUGGGUAGAGAGAGGGGCUUCAUGGAAUCCUUGGUUCUCUCCCGACCUUUUUUGGGGAAAGAAUUUCCUUCCCUUUGAAACCCCCCCCUUGCAAAUUCUGGCCGACCCUCCUUUUGGCUUGGGACCGGCCGACCUUUGCCGAAUCAAAUGUGAGUUUUGCUGCAGGGGCUCACAACCCGGCUCAUCGCAUAUCAUUGGAGUUGUUUUGCCAUCUUUUUUUCCAAUAAAAAGGGUUGGGGCUGACCUUGAAAGCCCUAAAUGGCCUCAAAGGCCCAGUAGACCUAAAGGAGCGUCUCCACCCCCAUCAUUCAGCCCGGACGCCUGGGUCCAUCUCCCGAGGGCCUUCUGGUGGUUCCCUCCCUGCGAGAAGCGAGGUUGCAGGGAAGCAGGCAGAGGGCCUUCUCGGUGGUGGCGCCCUCCCAUCAGAUGUCAAGGAAAUAAACAACUAUCUGACUUUUAGAAGGCAUCUGAAGGCAGCCCUGUUUAGGGAAGUUUUUAAAUCGCAUUAUUAUUAUUUCUGUUGGGAGCUCCCAGAGUGGGCAGGGUAUAAAUAAAUUAUUAUUAUUAUUAUUAUUAUUAUUAUUAUUAUUAUUGGAAGGGGCACCCGCAGCCCACGCAACACCCCUGAGUUGGCGCAGGGUUUGGAACUGUUGACCCAAGUGAGUGGCGUCCCUCCUUGAUGGGCUCCUAUCUCCCUCCCCUCCCUUUCAGUGCUGUGUAAGCAGAGCCAAGAUCUGGAGCCCACCCCACAGAUCCAGCCGCUGCCCCAGCCCGCCCUGGCCGCGACAGCUGCCCCCAUCGCCACACCGCAGGGCACCCCCUCCAUGGAGGAGCUGAUCCAGCAGAGCCUGUGGAACCUCCAGCAACAGGAGCAGCACCUGCUGGCUCUGAGACAGGUGAGGGCAAGCAAGCAAGGGCUCUUGGCUCAAUAUAUAUACGUAUUGUUCUUCUUCUGUUUUGUUUUCUACAUGGGUGCUAUUUCUCGUUUCUUCUUUUUUUUUGCGUUUUACUCUGCACACUUGCAUUUUUGUACUUUUUCUUUUUUUAAAUUUCUAUUUGGUUUGUUUUAAAAAAUUAUAAACUUAGAUAAAAGUCAGUUCAAAGUCAACUUCCCCCCAUCCGCUCCAGCGGUCCCAAUGUCAGUACAGUGGUACCUCGGGUUACAUACGCUUCAAGUUACAUAUGCUUCAGGUUACAGACUCCGCUAACCCAGAAAUAGUACCUCAGGUUAAGAACUUUGCUUCAGGAUGAGAACAGAAAUCACGCGGCGGCAGCAGGAGGCCCCAUUAGCUAAAGUGGUGCGUCAGGUUAAGAACAGUUUCAGGUUAAGAACGGACCUCUGGAACGAAUUGAGUACUUAACCCGAGGUACCACUGUAUUUACAACUGCAUCCCAGUCCGUUAAGGGGCGCAGUAGCCCUCAAGGGGCCAGGGCCUCGCUCGGAGGUGGGUGUGGGUGGGGGACGCUCUCUCGCCACCCAGCUCUGCCUUCAAGACCCUUGUCGCUCCCCCCACCCCCAGGAGCAAAUCACUUCCGCCAUCGCGCUGGCCGUGGAACAGCAGAUGCAGAAGGUCCUGGAGGAGACCCAGUUGGACAUGAACGAGUUCGACAACUUGCUCCAGCCCAUCAUCGACACCUGCACCAAAGACGCCAUCUCGGUAGGUGGGGCUCGGGGGUGGGUGGGGUUGCAUCCUGGUGUCGCAGGGGGGCUGCCCCCAAAAGGCGUCAAAGUCCACAUGUCGUAGCACUCUGCCCCAGAGGAUGCGCUCUUGGGUCCAGCUGUGGAUUCUCCCUGAAGACCAGUGCCGGAUUUACGUAUAAGCUAAGCAAGCUCUAGCUUAGGGCCCCACUCUUAAUGGGUCCCCCCAAAAAAUUAAAGGAAAAAAACAACUAGACAUACAUUUCCAAAAUAUUAUCUAUCAUCUAUCUAUCUAUCUAUCAUCUCUCUAUCUCUCAUGUAUCAGUUCUCUCACACUCUUUCUUCCUUUCUUUCUUUCUUUCUUUCUCUCUCUCUCUCUCUCUCUCUCUCUCUCUCUCUCUGUCAUCUAUCUAUCUAUCUAUCUAUGCCAGUGCCGGAUUUAUGUAUAAGCUAAACAGGCUCUAGCUUAAGGUCCCACUCUGUUGGGUCCCCCCAAAAACUUAAAGGAAAAAAACAACUGGAUAUACAUUUCCAAAAUAUUAUCUAUCAUCUAUCUAUCAUCUCUCUCGCUCUCUCAUCUAUCUAUGCCAGUGCCGGAUUUACGUAUCAGCUAAGCAAGCUCCAGCUUAGGGCCACACUCUUGGCCCCCCCCCCAAAAAAAAUUAAAGGGAAAAUAAAAUAAGGGAAUAUAAAAUGAAAAACCUAACCUCACCCCAGAGGCAUUGCUGCUCCAGGGAAUCUCCCUUCUUGACUUUGUGGGGCACUUUCUCCUCUUGGCUGCCUCUGACUGUUCCCUUUUGUUAUCCUCAGGCCGGCAAGAACUGGAUGUUCAGCAACGCUAAGUCCCCACAGCACUGCGAGCUGAUGGCCGGGCACCUGCGCAACCGCAUCACCGCCGAGGGGGCGCAUUUCGAGUUGCGCCUCCACUUGAUCUACCUGAUCAACGACGUCCUCCACCACUGGUGAGAUCCUGCCUCUACUGGGUCUGCUGGGCCGUUUAGGGCUUUCAAGGUCAACACCAACCCUUUGAGUUGUGCUUGGAAAUGUCCUGGGAGCCAAUGUGGGUCUUUCAGGACCGGUGUUAUAUGGUCUCCACUCCCAGUCCCCGGUUUAGCUGCCGCAUUCUGGAUUAGUUGUAGUUUCCUGGUCACCUUCAAAGGCAGCCCCACAGAGAGCGCAUGGCAGUAGUCCAAGCAGGAGAUAACCAGAGAUAUCUGCAGGCAAGGUGGAGCCAGUCUGUUUCCUUCUGCUCCGGAGGGCAGGACCCCCAAACCCCCAGAGGGCAACAAACUGAACCUCAGGCCAAACCUUCUGAAGCUCCCCCUCUUCUCUCUUCCUUCCCAGCCAGCGGAAGCAACAGCGGGACCUCCUGGCCGCCUUGCAGAAAGUGGUGGUCCCCAUCUACUGCACCAGCUUCCUGGCCGUGGAGGAGGACAAACAGCAGAAGAUUGCCCGGGUGAGCCGCCCUGGCGUGGCCUCGGGGGUGCCCAGGGCCCUGCCUGGAGCCCCAGAGCCCAAUAACAGCCCCUCUCUCCCUCUUGGUUUCCCACAGCUCCUUCAGCUGUGGGAGAAGAACGGCUACUUCGACGAGGCCAUCAUCCAACAGCUCCAGAGCCCGGCCCUCGGACUGGGCCAGUACCAGGUGAGGGAGGGGAGCAGGAGGAGCUCGAGGGGGGGGCAAUAAGAGCAAACGGCCCGGUCUUCCCCCAAAGCAGCUCCCUCCUUCAGGAAGAGAUUUUGGAGAAUAAUAAUGAUUUAUUAUUUCUACCCCACCCAUCUGGCUGGGUUUCCCCAGCCACUCUGGGCAACUUCCAACAAAAUAUUAAAAAUGCAAUUAAUUCACCAAAUAUUGAAAGCUUCCCUAAACAGGGCUGCCUUCAGCUGUCUUCUAAAAGUCAGAUACGGUGGUACCUCUGGAUACGAACGGGAUCUGCUUGGCUUUCAAUUUGAACUUAGCCUGAUCUUUUUAUUCCCCUUCCUUCCCUCCCCUUCCCCUUUUUAUGAAGAUUCCCCGCUCUGGGAUCUCACAGCUAAUUCUCCCCUGGUCUCCUCGCUGGCCCAAACAGGACUAAUUUAGCCAGCUAGCCCUGGUGAUCAUCGAAUGUUUAUUGGAUGGAUUUCCCCCCUAAAUUAUUCUGAAUUUAUUGUUCACAUUUCAUACUGUAUUUUAUGCUGUUUUUUGUUGCAUCAGUUGUUUUAAAUUUGUUGUUAGCUGCCCUGAGCCCAGUUUUCUGAACCGCGGGGUGUAUUUUAUAGUAUAGUAUAGUGUAUUUUGAAAUGGGGUUUCAGUGUUUUUAGGGGGUUUUGAAUGUUUUAUGUAGUUUUUCAGUUUCUUUGUUCUGUAUGGGACAAUGACAAUAAAGAUAUCAUAUAUCGUAUAAAUAAAAAUUUAUUAUCGUUUAUUAUUGUUCUCUGUCCGUCCCCCCUCCUCCCUCUCUGCAAAUGCCACCCCCUUCGGCGUGGUCCCGGCAGGCCACCCUGAUCAUGGAGUUUGGCAGCGUGGUCCAGCCGGUCCAAGUGGCCUUCCAACAGCAGAUACAGACCCUCAAAACACAACACGAGGAGUUUGUCAGCAGCCUCAGCCAGCAGCAGCAACAACAGCAGCAGCAACAGCAGCAGCAGCCGCCGCAACUGCAGAUCCCACCUCCGGAAAGCGAAGUGAAGGCCACCCCCGCCCCCCCUCCGCCGGCCGCCCCCAUCACCCCCACAGGUAACGUUGGGGUCGCCGUUCGUGGUGGGGGUGUACCCUGCCCUCUUUCCGAGCCACAACCCCCCCAGGAGCUUGGCUCUCAUGUCCGCCUUUGUUUCAGACGAAGGGAAGCCGCAGCUGCCGGACUCCGCCGAAUACGAGGCCACGGGGGCUGGGGCCGCCGACCCGGCCACGCCUGGACCCCGAGGGCCCGGCCCCCACGACCACAUCCCCCCCAACAAGCCGCCCUGGUUCGAGCAGCCGCACCCGGUCACCCCCUGGGCGCAGCAGCAGGUACUUUGGGCGGGCAGCGGGAGGGGAGGGCUUGGGUGGGGACCUUGGUAAUAAUGAUAAUAAUUUUACUAUUUAUACCCCGCCCAUCUGACUGGGUUCCCCCAGCCACUCUGGGUGGCUCCCAAUAGAAUAUUAAAAACACAUUAAAACAUCAAGCAUUGAAAACUUCCCUAAACAGGGCCGCCUUCAGAUGUCUUCUAAAAGUCACGUAGUUGUUAAUUUCCUUGACAUCUGCUGGGAGGGUGUUCCACAGGGUGGGCGCCACCACAGAGAAGGCCCUCUGCCUGGUUCCCUGUAGCCUCACUUCUCGCAGGGAGGGGACCACCAGAAGGCUCUCAGGAGAGGGACCCUGGUGUCCAGAGCGGAGAUGCUCCUUCAGGGAUACAGGGCCGUUUAGGGCUUUCAAGGUCAGCACCAACCUUUUGAAUUGUGCUUGGAAACAUCCUGGGAGCCAAUGUGGGUCUUUCAGGACUGGUGUUAUACGGUCUCCACUCCCAGUCCCCAGUCUAGCUGCCACAUUCUGGAUUAGUUGCAGUUUCCAGGUCACCUUCAAAGGUAGCCCCACGGAGAGCGCAUGACAGUAGUCCAAGCGGGAGAAAACCAGAGCAUGCACCACUCUGGCCAGACAGUCCGCGCCCAGGGAGGGUCCUUUUCCUCCCGCCUGCUAACCAAGGCCUUUUGUCUCCUGCAGCCUCCUGAGCAGCCCCCCUUCCCCCACCACCAGGGCCCCCCGCACUGCCCCCCCUGGAACAGCAACCACGAGGGGAUGUGGAGCGAGCAGCGGGAGCCCGGCUGGAGCAACCAGCGCGAUGCCCCUUGGAACAGCCAGCCGGAACCCGCCUGGAACAGCCAGUUUGAGGCCCCCUGGAACAACCAGCACGAGCAGCCGCCCUGGGGAGGGGGCCAGAGGGAGCCGCCCUUCCGCAUGCAGAGGCCCCCCCACUUCCGGGGGCCCUUCCCGCCCCACCAGCAGCACCCCCAGUUCAACCAGCCGCCCCACCCACACAACUUCAACCGCUUCCCCCCGCGAUUCAUGCAGGACGACUUCCCGCCGCGCCACCCCUUCGAGCGGCCCCCCUACCCGCACCGCUUCGACUACCCCCAAGGCGACUUCCCCCAGGGUGAGUGGGGGGGGCAGAAGGCUGGCUGGCAGGGGCUAGGGCGGGGGGUCCGGGAGCAAGGGGGUCAUUUGCUAGGGCUGGGCGAUAAUCUGGUUUCCGCGCUGAUGAUAUAUCAGCCGCUAAACAUCACGAUACAGUGGUACCUUGGUUUUCGAACAUAAUCCGUUCCGGAAGACCAUUGGAGUUCCGAAAUGUUUGAAAACAGAAGCAUUUACUUCCGGGAAACUCAGUUUAGAAGCUGCGCUUUGGCACGUUCGACUUCCAAAAAGCAUUCUAAAACUGAAGCGUUUACGGCGUUUGACUUCCGAAACGUUCGUCAACAGAGAUGUUCGGAAAUGGAGGUACUGCCGUAUACCAAUAUAUCGCAGUGUUUGAAAUGAGGAUGGAGCUAUAGACGACAUGAUUCGCGAUGUAUUUCCAGGCCAAAAAUUGCGAAAUGACAUGUCACACGGUGUGAACCUCAAAGCAGUUUUGAGCGAUAAUAUUGAUAUGUCGCCCAGCCCUGGUCCUUGCCCAGUUGAAAGAAACUUUGCUCAGGGGAGGUUAAUUCCCGUGGGAUCCUUUGAUCCGAAACCUCCACUGCCUUAUGGGUUAUCUUCGGGAGGAGAAAAGGCUAAAAUAGGCUUCCCCAACCUCGGCCCUCCAGAUGUUUUGAGACUACAAUUCCCAUCAUCCCUGACCACUGGUCCUGCUAGCUAGGGAUCAUGGGAGUUGUAGGCCGAAAACAUCUGGAGGGCCAAGGUUGAGGAAGCCUGGGCUAAGGCAUGGGUAGGCAAACUAAGGUGGGCUGGAUCUGGCCCAAUAGCCUUCUAAAUCCGGCCCACGGAAGGUCUGGGAAGCAGCGUGUUUUUACAUGAGUAGAAUGUGUCCUUUUAUUGAAAAUGCAUCUCUGGGUGAUUUGUGGGGCAUAGGAAUUCGUUCAUUUUUUUCCUCCAAAAUAUAGUCCGGCCCCCCACAAGGUCUGAGGGACAGUGGACCGGCCCCCUGCUGGAAAAGUUUGCUGACCCCUGGGCUAAGGGGUAAAACCUCCACAAAUUGAGAGCGGAGUCCCUAAGGCGGUUGGAUGGCGCCGUGUCCGCCUCCUGCCAAGCUGGUGCCAAAUGCCUUCCUUUGGACCCCCGCCAGCGAGGCAGAGGGGGGGGGUGCCUUGUCGUCUGGGCAGCCCAGGACCCCCAGAGACACUGACCAGGCUUGCACCCCAAGAAGGUAGCUUCAACCCAUUGCUCCCGUGCUCGGAUCCUGCAGCUACUCGGGCUGUUCUGAAGCUUCUUCCUUCCUUCCUUUUCAGAGAUCGGGCCCCCGCACCACCACCCGGGCCACCGCAUGCCCCACCCAGGGAUCAGCGAGCACCCUCCCUGGGGGGGCCCUCAGCACCCUGACUUCGGGCCCCCGCCCCACGGGUUCAACGGGCAGCCGCCCCACAUGCGCAGGCAGGGGCCCCCCCACGUCAACCACGACGACCCCAGCCUCGUGCCUAACGUCCCCUACUUCGACCUCCCCGCCGGACUGAUGGCCCCCUUGGUCAAAGUAAGUGACCUGGGGGGGAGCCUCCCCCACCCCACCUCCAGAAGGGCAGGAGGAGGCCUCUCCCGACCCCCGUGGCCUCUCCUUCGUGGUCCCAGGGGUGCAGGGAAGUAUUUUCCAGCUGGACUGUGUGCCAUGACGGCUCCUUUCCCCUCCUCUCCUAGCUGGAGGAUCAUGACUACAAGCCUCUGGACCCCAAAGAUAUCCGCCUGCCGCCCCCGAUGCCCCCCAGCGAGAGGCUCCUGGCAGCCGUGGAGGCUUUCUACAGCCCACCUUCGCACGACCGGCCAAGGAACAGGUGAGAGGCGAGGCCUAGAAAGGGCUCCUUUGGCUGGCUUGUUUUUUCGAAAAAUGCCCCCGGGUUUGAUUGGGCCAGAGACAGCGAAAAUGAUGAUAAAAUUGUUCAUGUGUGCAACGGAUUUUUAUAUAUGAGCAGAAGUGGAAGGAAGCAGCAAUCGCCGCAAAAGAAGAAAGGAGUAACAAAUUGAUGGAUCGUGCUGAAACUGGAGAAUUAACCUAGAGUUAAGAGACUGAAGAUGACUUUCUGACUUUUGGAAGACAUCUGCAAGCAGCCCUGUUUAGGGAACAUUAGAUGUUUUAUUAUGUUUUUAAUAUUCUGUUGGGAGCUGCCCAGAGUGGCUGGGGAAACGCAGCCAGAUGGGUGGGGUAUAAAUAAGUAUUGUUUUGUUUUUUGUUUUGUUUUAUUCUUCAGUAUAAGACGGAAGAAUGAUAAUAUUUAUUUUCAGUUUUACAUUUUAAACGGUGUGUAAUGUUAGAAACAAAUUGGCAGUUUGGGGAGUGGAGACAUAACAUCUUAUUGAGUGAUAUGGGAUGAGAAAAAUAAGAAUGGUAACCUAUGGUGGUGAUGGGUUGUCGUUUUUAUUAUGUCUUUUGUGGUUUUAAUAUCUUGAUUUUAUUCUGCAAUCCGCCCUGAGACCCUCCAAGUAUAGGGCGGUAUAUAAAUUCAAUAAUACAUUACGUGAGAACCUAAUGAUAUUUUUUUUUAAUGCCCCCCCCCCUUCUUUUUCCUACAGCGAGGGCUGGGAGCAGAACGGUCUGUACGAGUUCUUCCGGGCAAAGAUGAGGGCCCGGCGGCGCAAGGGGCAGGAGAAGAGGAACAGGUGGGCAAAGGGCUCCGGGGAGCGUGCAGAGUGCCGCCGGCAGGGGGAGUGAGGAGGUGCAGAGGGACUCCAAAGCGAGUACAGCCCUCACCUGGAGGGAAGGAGAGUCUGCCCUCUGGACUAGAGGGGGCCUCCUGGCUCAGCUGCUGUCUGGGGGCCGCAGGGCCGGCCGAGGUUCCCGGGCGCUUUGGCUGCAGGAGUCCAGGGCGAUGGCGCCACUCAGACGCCCCUUUUCUCCCCUGCCCAGCGGCCCCUCGCCAUCCCGCAGCAGCCGGUCCAAGAGCCGCGGGCGCUCCUCUUCGCGCUCCAACUCGAGGUCGUCCAAGUCCUCCGGCUCCUACUCCCGAUCCCGGUCAAGAUCCUGCUCCCGGUCGCGGUCCUACUCCCGCUCCCAGUCCAGGUGAGGAAGAGCAGGGCAGGAGGGCCUGGGUCUCGCUUGCUGGCGCGGGGGCAGGUUGGCAAGACUCGGGGGGGGGGGCUGGCCGGCCGGCUGCUUCUUCAGCCCACUUGCCUUUGAAGCUUUUUGGGGAAGGAACUGGUCGUUUUUCACGACGUGCAGCUAGCCGGCGGAACUCACCGCCACAAGAUGCCGCAGCAGCCGAGAAUGAAUGAAUCUUUAUUUGCGUCAGCCAUAGCAAUAAAACAAUACGAUAUACAUAGAAUAGAAAUAAAAAGUCAAUUAUAUAAAAUACAUUUUUGGGUUUUGAAUCAGUAGUCAAAUAGUGGAUCUUACUCCGAUUGCCCCAGCGAAAAACCUUGCCACCUUUGCUGUCACCUGCUCAUCUUGAUCUGCCAAGAGAAAGGACACUGGGGCAAUGGCUAGGCGACCCGGAAUGGACGAUAAAAGAGAGGUGAUAAUCUCAUUCCUCAAGUCUUUACAAAGAGGGCAAGCCAGAAGGGCAUACGCCACCAAUUCCGGAUGGCCAUUUCCACAGGGACGUUUUUCAUGUGGGAUCUUUUGGAAUCGUCCCUCAAGUCCAGCCAAGGGCAAGACAUUCAAUCUUGCGAGAGUAAUAGCGCGUCUGUAUUUUGGAAUUUCUCGGUUAUGGAGAUGGGGUGCCAGAGAGUCGAAAUAGGAAGGUGGGAAAUAGCCAAGCCAUGGGCAAAAUUUCCAUAUUGUGGCCAAGUUGUUCUGACGCUUGAUUAUCAUUUAGGCGCUGACAAAUUAGGCUGUUUGCUUUACUAACACUCAAAGUGAGUAGCUGUCGUGGGGAUAAACCACAAGAGUGAAGUUAUUGAGAGACAAUUUUUGGGCAGUCUCUUCGCGAGAGAGAGAGGGGCUGACUUUCCUUCUUCCCCGUCCGUCUUCCCAGGAGCAGAAGCGGCUCUCAGUCCUCUCAGAGCCGCUCUCGGUCCAGGUCCCGGUCGAAAUCCUACUCCCCCGGAAGGCGGCACCGGUCCCGAUCCCGCAGCCAGACGCCUCCGUAAGAUUUGACUCGGCGAAGGGGCUUGGGAGGGGAAGGGUUGGGGGUCGAGGGAUCAACAAGAUAAUCCUCACUUCUCCUCGGUUUCUCCCGCCCCGUCUGUAGCUCCUCGGCCGGAUUGGGAUCCAGCUCGGGGCCCCCCAUCCCCGAAUCGAGACUCGGAGAGGAGAACAAGGGGCACCAGAUGCUGGUGAAGAUGGGUAAGGCAGCCUGGUGCCCGUUGGCUCUGUCCGUCAGGGGUGGGGUCAGUCUAGGGGGCCUGUUCCACGCCUCCGGUGGUUAGAGGGUGUCCGGCUAGGAGGACUUGGGUUCAAAUUCCCACUCGGACAGGAAUUGGGUGGCUCCAAGGCUGGUCGUUGACUCCCUGCCCUGAUGCCUACCUUGCAGGCGCGUUGUGAGGCUCAUAUGGGGACAGGGAGAACUGUGUAGGCCACCCUUGGGAGGAAAGGGCGGGGGGAGAUACGAAGGUCCUAGUAACGUGGAAUUAAAAGCCUUCCAGAGGAAUCGCCUUCUCUCUCUGGGGCAGGCAGCUCAGUCGGUAAGAGCACGGAGUUCUUAAUCUCAGAGUCGGGGGUUCGAGCCCCACGUUGAGUGAAACAUUCCAGGGGUUGGACUGGAUGACCCUCGGGGUCCCUUCCGACAAUUCUGUGGGUCUGCCUGCCAACCUAGAGCGUUUGACGACUGGGCAGACAGCUGCAACCCGCCAGCCACAGCUGGGGCAAGUCGCUGCUGUGGCGCCUGAGUCCAGCUCUCAGGUUUGGGGGCACCUGAUUGGCCACUGCCGGGUCAGGACCCUUUGGGUCCGAUUCUGCUGCUGCUGCUGGGCUCCUCUGCCAUUGGGUCAGAGGUUUCCGGAUAGAGGUGCUUUGACGCCACCUCCCUCCCUCCUCCUGCCAACCGCCUGCUUUUCCCUUCCCCCAGGGUGGAGCGGCUCCGGGGGGCUGGGGGCCAAGGAGCAGGGGAUCCAGGACCCCAUUAAAGGCGGCGACAUCCGAGACAAGUGGGACCAGUACAAGGGCGUGGGGGUGGCCCUGGACGACCCCUACGAGAACUACCGGAGGAACAAGAGCUACUCCUUCAUUGCCCGCAUGAAGGCCAGGGACGAAAGUAAGUGGGCAAGCUGCCGCGUCUGACCCCCGGCUGCGGGGAGGAGGAAGCCCCUCGUUCCAUUUCCGGUUCGCUUUCAAUCUAUAGGACGGCGUUACUGCACCCUUGCUGGUGGGCUGCCAGCAACCACCUGGCGAGGACGGCGAGACCCCAUCUCCCCGAGACGCUAAGGCAGAAGGGCUUCCACGAGCCGCAGGGCAAACGUGUGGGGAGCCAGCAGGCUGCUCGGCCCCAGGGCUUUGGCCAAACCCUUCCCUUUGGCACGGGGAAAGCUAGAAAGGGGGGAGGGUCUCUUGAGGUUGCCAGGCCAGUGCGAAGGAGGGCAGGAACUGGGGCAACCCUCUUUCAGGUGGGUGUCUUCAUGGGGGCAGCUAAGGGUACCCGCCUCCCUGCUGGCUGCAGGAAGGGCCCGCUUCCUCUGUCAUUUCAUUAAGUGUGGCAUGCAACCCCCCAUCCUGCUAGCCCAGGACUGUGGGCUUCUGCUGCCCCCGGGAUCCCGCCUGACCCUUCUUUUUUUCCUCCCAAAGCUUAACGCCGCUCAGACCCGAGGGAGCCCAGCCAGUCGUCCAUCAGCGCCCGAGCCCCGGCCUGGCCACGUGAAUUGAGGCUCUCUACUGUACCUCUUGACCGCCACCCCCCUGCCCCAGAUGACCCCCCUCCUGCUCAUCGGGGUGCAGAGGGCUAACCUGCUCCCAAGAAUGUCUUUGCGAGAAGAGAAAUUAUUUGGGCCUUUUCUAUUUUUGUACAUAACUUUCGGGCAAGAUUGAAAAGGAGCUGAGUAGGCCGACUCUUCCGUAGUGUCACCCCCACGCUCCUUGCCCAACCCGCCUGUUUCAAAACACGAAGCCGCCCUCCUUUCCUGCCCAAACGCCCCAAGAGGGGGGUGCCCGGAGACCACCAGCGCCCCGAGGGGAGACACAGCCCCCUCCCUGUACAGUAGACCCCUUUCGCAACCGCCCGCGCCCAGCUUGAUGUAGCGACUGUUGAAGAUCGACUUCUGUACCUGUGAGACUUCUCGGCUGCCUCUCGGGUUGCUCCGAGUCAGCUACCCGCCUCGUUCUUACUGUUGCCUUCCAAUAAAGAAAGUUUUUCCCCCUCCCUCU